AUGAAGAAGCAGCAGCAGCAGGACGAGGCUGCAGCAGCUGCCUCGAGCAAGAAGAAGAAGGUCACCCCAGCCCAAUUACGCACACAGAAAGGUACCGCCAUCCCUACUUCACCCACGUCUUCGCGCGCAAAAGCUAACGCGAUCACAGAUCUCGAAGAGCUAUCCCUUGGUACAACAAUGAAGACGCACUUCCCUAACCCCGACGAUAUCCUUAACUUCGAGCUCACAAUCGACCCCGACGAGGGCAUGUACAAGGGCGGACGCUUCAGGUUCGACUUCAAGAUCAACCAGAACUUCCCUCACGACCCGCCAAAAGUCAAGUGCACACAGAAGAUUUACCACCCGAACAUCGACCUUGAGGGAAACGUCUGCUUGAACAUUCUGCGAGAAGACUGGAAGCCGGUGUUGAACUUGAAUGCGGUUGUUGUUGGGUUACAGUUUCUGUUCCUUGAGCCAAACGCGUCGGACCCGCUGAACAAGGAGGCUGCGGAGGAUCUCAAGCAGAACCGAGAGGGCUUCAAGCGCAAUGUGCGCGCAUCGCUCGGUGGUGGAACGGUCAAGGGACAGAGCUUUGAUCGCGUGCUCAAAUGA